CUGUAGUUGAACUUCACGCGUCGCUGAGAGCGCGAGGAAAGUCGGUGCUCGCGAUCGUAAGUUAUAUGAACAGUGGGUUGGCGGUUAUGCGAACUAAGCAAAGAAAUUAAAAAACGUUAUCAGUGUGGUAUAGAAACCCCAAUUCGAAAGAAAACAGGCCCAAAGCCACUCAUAGGAAACAGCUGGAAACGCCAACACUCAGUGCAGUGCUUUCACACAUAUAAAUACAUAUGUAACUGUUUAUGUAAAUAUAAACAACGAUCACAGACCGCCGAGAGUCAGCAGCAAAACCUAGCGCGAAACAGAACAAUAAUACCCACAGUGCGGAAGGGGGGAUAGUAAUGUCCUGCCUAACAAUUGAUUUCAUGUAACAGAUGCCAGGAUGAUGACACAAUGUACACACUAAAUUACAAUAACCGAGCGAGGUGGUAAUUAGCAUAUGCUGCUCAAAAGUUACAGCUAGAAAAAGAAAGGACCAUGUCAAAAUAUCAGAAGCUCAGCCACGCUCUGCCGCCAAUCGGCCACGAGGACGAAUGCGACGAGGGCUUUUCGCUAAAUCCGUACUUUGAUGAUAAUAGGCCGGACUCGGCCAAUCCAGCUACUCGGUCUGAAGAUUUAAAAAAAUACCGCUCCAGCAGCAAUGGCAAGGCCACCUACAACAAUAGCAGCAGCAGCGGGAGCAUGGCCUUAACAGGGCAGGAAAUACUGCGAACUGUGGAGGAGCAGACGUGGGAGGUACCACUACUGGACGAUUGCCAUGACAAUGCGAACUACCGGCAGUCGGAGCCGGAGAGAAUGGAAUUUGAAAUAAAGCUGGAGUGCCGCAGCGGUCAUCCGGGAUUUGGGGCAAACUUAAAAAGCCAAUCGGCGCAGGAGGCCAAAUUUAAAAUUCUCCUCGCUAUUUCUCUCUGUUGCAUAUUCAUGGUCAUUGAAUUCCUCGGGGGCUACGUGGCCGGAAGCUUGGCCAUUAUAGCGGAUGCCGCCCAUUUAGCAUCUGAUUGUAUUAGUUUUGUCAUCGGCCUAGUCGCCAUUUGGGUGGGCGGCCGGGCGCCGGACGAACGUAUGACCUUUGGAUACAAGCGCUUCGAGGUUUUUGGUGCCUUGGCCUCGAUAUUGGGGAUCUGGGUCUUGACCACCUUUCUGGUGGUGGUGGCCAUUCAGCGAAUUUACUCUCAAGACUUUGAACUGAACGCCGAUGUGAUGAUGGCCAUAUCGGGCAUUGGCAUUGCAAUAAAUAUUGUAAUGAUAUUCGUAUUACAUGGCUCCUGGUUUAUGGGCGGAAAAGGACACGGUCACAGUCACAGUCAUGGUCACAGUCACUGUCACAGUCACGGGCACUCCUAUUCUAACCCUAGCUCACAUAUAACUGAAUCCAGUGAGUCAUCGCUGAUGAAUGCAGAAAUGGCUGAUAAAAUUCCCAGUGAAAAUUGUAUUGUUAUUCCAAAUGGAACAAGAUUAUCUCAGAGUGAUGGUGCUCACGAUGAGAAGAACCUGAACCUGCGAGCGGCAAUAAUUCAUGUAAUUGGUGACCUUGUGCAGAGCAUUGGCGUUUUUCUGGCCGCCGUUUUAAUUAAGUUUUGUCCGAGUGCAAAGUAUGCUGAUCCGAUGUGUACACUACUUUUUUCUGUCAUUGUAAUUUUAACGACUGUCCAGUUGUUCAGAGAGUCUGUGUCUAUCCUCCUGGAUGCCGUGCCGCCGAACCUCUGCUUACAGAGCUUGCAACGCGACCUGUCUAGUCUUGAGGGCGUCAGAUCGGUGCACCAUCUAAACGUGUGGCAGCACACCAGCCAGCACAGAGUGCUAAUGGUGCACCUCGUCAUAGACACACAUAGUGAUGGCGAGGCAGUGGUGGAAGCAGCCACAAGGCUAGUCUCUGGUUCCAAAUACAAAGUCAAGCAUUCAACAAUUCAAGUUGAACGAACUACUACGUAGCCCCUGUGGGCCAUCAUCACAUCAACUUAUUUUCAAUCCAUUUUAUGCAAAAUUCUGACAUGCAAAUGUAAAUGGCUAUUGCAUUUGAAGAAUCAUGUGAUUAUACCCACUCGUGGACUUACCUUAGCUUGCUUUUGCCUAGUUAUAUUUUUCUAGGAUAAUCAUACCAAAGAGACGACAAAUUGUUUCAAAUAAAAUAAUAUGAAAUACAAAAUUCCGCUUCUAGAAAACAACAGAA